AUGACACCUCGUUAUCCAAAAUGGCAACCAGGUGAUCCAAAACAUCGAAUAUUUUUUCCUGAAUUUUGGAUGAGAAUUAUGAGACCACAAGAAAAUCGUCCAUUAAGACCGAAUGUUGUUCGUUUUGAAUGCCAUAUUGAAAUGACUAAAAAUGAUAUAAAACAAUAUUUAGAAAAGAUCUAUAAAGUCGAGACACUCGAUGUAACAACAAUUAUUCAACAAGGUAAAGAAAAUCGUCAUCCAAUAACAUCAGAAAUAAUUGAUCCUGAUCCAGAUAAAAAAUUUGCUUAUGUAUUUUUGAAAAAUGAAACAUUUGAUUAUCCGGAUUUAUGGCGUGGUAAAAUGCCAUCUGAUGAACUUCUUAGAGAUGAACGACGUAUGGUAUCAGCUACGAGUAAACAAAAUGCUCAAUUAAUUCACCGACCUGGUAUAUCUAAUUGGUUUCGUUAA